GUUGUUUGUGAGAAGGUGGAAGGUAGAUCUCACAAUAGUUUUUGAGUAUUUAAGGAGGUCUGAGUCUCCUCUCCUUCCCUGCAGAACUAGCACCAUUCUCCAUUCUUCCCAAUUGUUUCCUGUUCGUGUCUUCUCUCAUCCUGUUCUUCAAAGAGGGGUGCUGGUGAAGUUCCAGUUGGUUGGACGGUAAUCUGUAAACAUGGUGAAGAUCUGUUGCAUUGGUGCCGGCUAUGUUGGGGGGCCAACCAUGGCAGUUAUCGCUCUCAAAUGCCCAUCCAUAGAAGUGGUUGUUGUCGACAUCUCAGUUGCGCGCAUCAACGCAUGGAACAGUGACCAGCUUCCAAUUUAUGAACCAGGCCUUGAUGAUGUAGUCAAGCAAUGCCGUGGCAGAAACCUCUUUUUCAGCUCGGAUGUUGAGAAACAUGUUUGCGAGGCUGAUAUCAUCUUCGUGUCCGUGAACACGCCGACGAAGACUCGUGGUCUUGGUGCUGGUAAGGCUGCUGAUCUCACCUACUGGGAGAGUGCAGCUCGCAUGAUUGCCGAUGUCUCCAAAACUGACAAGAUUGUGGUCGAGAAAUCCACUGUCCCCGUUAAGACUGCCGAGGCCAUUGAGAAGAUCUUAAGCCACAACAGCAAAGGAAUCAACUAUUCCAUUCUGUCGAAUCCAGAAUUUCUUGCUGAGGGUACCGCAAUCCAGGACUUGUUCAACCCUGAUAGGGUACUUAUUGGUGGUCGUGAGACUCCAGAGGGCCAGAAGGCUGUUCAGGCACUGAAGGCAGUGUAUGCUCAUUGGGUGCCCGAAGACCGGAUUAUAACUACAAACUUAUGGUCAGCGGAGCUUUCAAAGCUUGCUGCAAAUGCUUUCCUGGCCCAGAGAAUCUCGUCGGUCAAUGCCAUUUCUGCUCUCUGUGAGGCCACUGGAGCUGAUGUUGCCGAAGUGGCGUAUUCUGUUGGGAAGGACUCGAGGAUCGGGCCCAAAUUCUUGAAUGCUAGUGUCGGUUUCGGAGGAUCCUGCUUUCAGAAGGACAUUCUAAAUCUGGUAUACAUCUGCGAGUGCAAUGGCCUUCCUGAGGUUGCUAAUUACUGGAAGCAGGUCAUCAAGAUCAACGACUACCAGAAGAACCGAUUCGUCAAUCGUGUCGUAUCCUCCAUGUUUAACACUGUUUCCGGAAAGAAGAUUGCCAUUCUUGGAUUUGCAUUCAAGAAGGACACCGGCGAUACAAGGGAGACCCCUGCUAUUGAUGUCUGCAAAGGUCUGUUGGGUGACAAAGCGACGAUCAGCAUAUAUGACCCUCAGGUGACAGAGGACCAGAUCCAGCGUGAUCUAUCGAUGAACAAGUUCGAUUGGGACCAUCCGAUCCACCUUCAACCGAUGAGUCCCACGGCUGUGAAGCAAGUCAGUGUUACAUGGGACGCAUACGAGGCUACAAAAGGCGCUCAUGGCGUCUGCAUUUUGACCGAAUGGGACGAGUUCAAGACACUAGACUACCAGAGGAUCUAUGAUAACAUGCAGAAGCCGGCAUUUGUCUUCGAUGGACGCAAUGUGGUAGAUCAUGAGAAGCUUAGGGAGAUUGGAUUCAUUGUCUACUCCAUUGGAAAGCCUCUCGAUGCUUGGCUCAAGGACAUGCCUGCCAUGGCGUAAAACUUAAAACCGAAGACAUUACCAUAUACUUUGUUGUCGAAUUAGGCGGAAUUGACUAUUCUUUAUGCUUUGUUGUGUUUGUUUUACUGCAAUGUAGUGUACUAGUGUUGUUGUCAUACCCACCAGCCAUUUAGUUGUUCUAUGUGAAAUGACCGUCAGAUCUUUGUAUGAAUCUCUACUGCUAUUCUUGUUUUUAUCAAAAAUUCAAAAGGUUAAAAUGGUUA